UUUCUUCCCCUCCCUUGAAAGUGGAUGAGUUGCUUAAUUAGUUAGAUAUACAUAUACAAUAAAAUAAAAAAUUCCAACCCAACAAAUUGCCUUGUCCUUCCGCCAUCAGUUCUCUUUCUUCCACUAAAACACACACGCGAACGCCUGAACCAAACGCACGCACGUACGCUCUUCCUUGCCUAUAUAUAAAAGGAGUGAUAAUAAUUUCUUCUAAGUUCCUACCUGUAGUCCGUACACUCUGUAUCUCUCUUCCCAACUCUCGUUUCUCACCUCCCACCGAAAAAUGGAUAAUCUCAAGUCACAUCCUCCACCGUUAGCUCUAGACAACCUUCGAGUCAUCAAAGUAUUAGGUAAAGGUGCCAUGGGAACUGUCUUUCUAGUCUAUGACACGUCACAUGACCCUUCUGCUUUAUCUCCUUUCGCUGUCAAAGCUGUCGACAAAUCAAUUUUUCCUUCUUCAAAACCCGACGCUGACCGCCGUGCUCGAUGGGAAGCCUCUGUGCUUUCCAGUUUCCGCCAUCCGUUCCUCCCUACACUCCUCGGAUUUUCCGAAACCUCCGACAUUCUUUGUUACGCUGUCCCUUAUUGCCCUGGUGGUGACCUUAAUGUCCUACGUUACAGCCAAAGCGACCAUGUUUUUCCUCACUCUGUUAUCCGUUUUUACUUGGCUGAAAUUGUGCUAGCUCUUGAACAUCUUCAUAGCUUAGGCAUUGCUUACCGUGACCUAAAACCUGAAAAUAUUCUUAUCCAACAAUCAGGUCAUGUUACCUUAACAGAUUUCGACCUUUCUAGAAGUUUAACUCCAAAAAAGAAUCUAAAUUCCUUGGAAUUCUAUUCAGAUCCAGAAAAUGAUGACAAUCUCCCACCACCACCGACACAAUCCAAAAGAUUUAAACAAUUUGCUAAAUUAAUCCUUCCAAAGCGAAAGUACACAUCCGCGACCAUUACUAGAAAUGGACCAAGGAAAGUGAAAAGUGCACGUGUAUCGCCCGUGAGCAGAAGGAAUCCUGGUUCAUUCUACGAACUUUCAAAUUCAUUUGUAGGUACUGAAGAAUACGUAGCUCCAGAAAUUGUACGUGGGGAAGGCCAUGAAUUUUCAGUAGAUUGGUGGGCACUUGGAGUUUUAUGUUAUGAAAUGUUAUACGGAGCAACACCGUUUAAAGGGAAAAAUAGGAAGGAAACGUUCAGAAGAAUAUUGAUGAUGGAGCCAGAGUUCAUCGGGAAGAAAAAUGCUUUGACAGAUUUGAUUGGAAAAUUACUUGAUAAAGAUCCUACGCGCCGGCUUGGUUACCGGAGAGGCGCGUCGGAGAUAAAGGAGCAUGAGUUUUUUCAAGGGCUAAGAUGGGAUUUACUAACGGAAAUUGUACGACCGCCGUUUUUACCGUUAAAAGAAGUAACGGAGUUGACGGAAGAAGUGAAGAAAUGUGGGAUUAAAAUAACGGAGUAUGUUCAGAAAUUGAAGGCACCACCGUCACCGUUAUGGUCACCGUCACAUGAUGAGUGGAGACGUAACGUUUCUUUCACGGAAUUCUAACACACGUGUAAAGAAUAUGGGACGAGUAGUGAUAUUUUACCAUUACUGAGUACAUUUUUGUAAAUAAACAUUAAUCUUUAAUGAUUAUAGAACAUAAUAAUUAGACCGAAAUGAUGUAUAUUAGCUGUCUAUUAUUGUUAGAUCUAAAAAGAGUUGUACAUUUUGAAGAUGCUAAUGAGGAAUAAAGAUGAUUGGGAUGAAGAUUAUAAUAUUUGAGGGCACAUUUGUAAUUCAA